GGGGGGGAGGGGAUAGGGGGGGGGGAUCCCCCAAUGUCUGCUCCGCCGCUCUCCGCCAUCCACGAGACGUCCGCAGCGAAGCUGCUGCGAGAGGCCGUGCGGCAAAAUGGGAAACGAAGGCAGCUACCCCAUGGAAAUGUGUUCUCAUUUCGAUCCGGACGAGAUCCGGAGGCUGGGCAAGCGGUUCCGCAAGCUCGACCUGGACGGCUCGGGCUCGCUCAGCGUCGAGGAGUUCAUGUCCCUGCCCGAGCUGCAGCAGAACCCCCUCGUGCAGAGGGUCAUCCACAUCUUCGACACCGACGGCAACGGGGAGGUCGACUUCAAGGAGUUCAUUGAAGGCGUCUCACAGUUCAGUGUCAAGGGAGACAAGGAACAGAAGCUGCGAUUCGCGUUCCAAAUCUACGACAUGGACCGCGAUGGCUUCAUCUCCAACGGGGAGCUCUUCCAGGUGCUCAAGAUGAUGGUGGGCAACAACCUGAAGGACACGCAGCUGCAGCAGAUCGUGGACAAGACGAUCCUCAACGCCGACAAGGACGGCGACGGUCGCAUCUCCUUCCAGGAGUUCUGCUCCGUGGUGGGCGGGAUGGAUGUUCACAAGAAGAUGGUGGUGGACGUCUGAUGGUGGGAGACUGCGUUGUUCACGUUCACACUCGUUCACCUGGAUCCAUUCAACUCCGUUCAAAAUAUCCUCCCUCACAACCCCCCCCCCCCCCCCCCC